AUGUCAUUAUCAGUCAAACAACGUCUGUCGCGUCGCUCAAUAGUAAACGGUAAAGUCACGCGAUUAGCAUAUAAAGUAGAAACUAAUCAGAAUUUGCUUCUUGAAGAUUUGAUGGAUUUGAAGAAUUCAUUGGUAGAAUUUCAAAAACAAUAUGAAGAACAUCAAACUGAUAUUGAAUUGCAAGAUGAAACAACAGAUUAUUCCACAGAAAGAGCUUUAUUCGAAAAUCAAUGUUUUGAUAUUUCACGCGCGAUUAACAGGCGUCUUCGCGCCAUUAAUGACAAUACGCCGAUUCAUAUGUCGAGAGAUUUGCAAUCACUUAGCACUACAUUUGUAAAAUCAACAAAUGCGCACCUACCCAAGAUUCGAAUUAAACCAUUUGAUGGUAAUCUGACUGAAUGGCACACGUUUCAUGAUACGUUCAAAUCUUUAAUUCAUGAUAAUGAAGAGUUGCCAUCGGUACAAAAAUUCCAUUUUUUAAAGAACGCUCUUCAAGGUGAAGCUGCGUCUGUAGUUUUGUCUCUCAGUAAUUACCAGGUAGCUUGGGAUUUGCUAAUUGCAAAAUAUGAUAGACCACGGCAGAUAAUACGAGCGCAUUUAAAUACGUUGCUGAAACUCCAGGAGUGUACGCGUGAUACUCCGUCAGUUUUGCGUACAUUGGCGGAACAAGCAUUAACACAUGUCAAUGCUUUUAAGGCAUUAAAACAGCCGGUUGAACAUUGGGAUGCCUUCUUAGAGCAUAUUUUAUACCAAAAACUAGAUAAGGUUACGCGUAGGGCAUGGGAACGUACGUUAGAAAAUGAUACGAUUCCAAAAUUUCAAGAAUUAGUUGAUUUUGUAUUCAAACAAGCACGCGGAGACGAAUUUGAUAACGAGUCUUCUAAGACAAAAAAUACGCAUCAGAGCGAUGCUCGUAAAAAGACAUCGACUCAGGGACAAGCGCACUCUUUUGUGGCAACCAAUAAUAAAUCGAAUAGUUGUAUAGUUUGCCAAGAUAAAGCAAUGAAAAAGGAAUUGCCAAUUGAUCAGUCUCAGAAUUUGGAGACAGAGUUAGAAGCAGAAACAUCCCAGAAAUUAGAGUCUAAUUCGUUAAGCAAGACAUUCACUGUAGUUACGAAUGCAGAAGUUUUACUAGGUACAGCAAAAAUUAUAGUUGUAGACAAUUUUGGAAGUUCAUGUCGAGCUUUGUUGGACGCAGGUUCGCAAACGCAUUUUGUUACUAAAGAAUUAGCAAAAGAUUUACGAUUGAAAGAACAUUACAUAAAUCUGUCGUUUAGUUGCUUGGAGCAAUUAACCACAUCAGCGAAGCAGAUGGUAAAUUUGAAGUUCGGUUCAAACGAUCGCAAAUUUAUGACAAAGGAUACGUUUGUAGUAUUAGAUUCUAUAACAGGAAUUUUGCUAGCUCAUGGUAUAGACGCGAAUGCAAUUAAUUUGCCAAGAGAUUUGAAAUUGGCGGAUCCUGAUUUUAACAAACCAGGCAAAAUAGAUAUACUGCUAGGAAACACAAUUUUCUAUCGGUUAUUAGAAUCAGGAAAAGUAUAUUUAAACAAGGGUCUUAUAAUAUUACAAAACACGCAACUAGUAAUUUCGUUAGAAAAUCAAUUAAGUAAAUUCUGGGAAAUUGAGCAAUUGCCGAAAAAGGUAUUUUAUUCUAAUGAUGAGUUAGCUUGCGAGGAACAUUACGCGUUAAACACAAGGCGGGAAUCAGAUGGCCGAUACAUAGUUCGGUUACCUUUUAACGACAAGCAACAUUCAUUAGGCGAAUCGAGGUCACUAGCGUUAAAAAGAUUUUAUUCUUUAGAACGACGUCUAGAAAGAGAACCAGAAUUGAAGAUUCAAUAUCGUGCUUUCUUAAAGGAAUAUGAGCAAUUGGGACAUAUGAAACAGACAAUUAAUGAAAUUCAAAAUGAAGGAUUUUAUUUACCACAUCAUGCAGUUUUGAAAUUAGAUAGCGCAACAACGAAGUUAAGAGUAGUUUUCGACGCUUCAGCGAGAAGCACAAGUGGUUUUUCUUUGAAUGACAUACUUUUAACAGGUCCCACGAUUCAAAAUACUUUAUUUAAUAUAAUUCUUAGAUUUCGAACGCAUCAAUAUGUGUUUACGGCUGACAUAGAGAAAAUGUUCAGGCAAAUAAAGGUGCAUAGUGAUGAUACUAAAUAUCAGAAGAUUUUAUGGAGAGAUUCUAUUGAUGAAUCUGUUAAAGCAUUUAAUUUGGAAACAGUCACAUAUGGUACCGCUUGCGCGCCUUUCUUGGCAGUAAGGACGUUAAAACAAUUAGCCACGGAUGAGGAGCAUUUGUUUCCUCGCGCCGCGAAAAUCUUUACGCGCGACUUUUAUGUCGAUGAUUUGCUCACAGGAACAUCUGAUUUUGAGGAUGCAUUACAAUUACGUAAUGAACUUAUUUCCUUAGCUAGCAAAGGGGGGUUCAAUUUACGGCAAUGGGCAUCCAAUGAUAAUAGACUGUUAGAAGAUUUGCAACCGUCAUCGGAACAGAAAAUCUUAUUUUUAGAUUCAAAAGACAUUAAGAAAACAUUAAGCGUUCAAUGGAUUCCAUAUACUGAUAAAAUCGUGUAUGUUCUAAAACCUUUCGAGAAUAGCUAUUCAUGUUCUAAACGUACAGUAUUAUCAAAGAUUGCACAGUUAUUUGAUCCGUUGGGACUACUUGGUCCUGUCAUUAUUCGUGCGAAAAUUAUUAUGCAACAACUGUGGAAAAUUAAUUUAGAGUAG